UUUUGAGGUAGGCAGUUAGUUAAAUUUGAACAAGAACAAGGCUAGCCUCGCUAUCUUCUGCGCGGGUGAAUUCGGAAAGCGAUCACACGGAUAAACAAGUAUACAACUGUGUUUGUGACAAAGGUUGUUUGCAGAUUGUUCUUGGGUUAUUUUCUCUUGUGAUUGGGAGGAAUUCGUGAUUAAUGAGACAGGGGAAAGAUCAUCUGCAGCAAUGAAGUUCGAUGAUAUCAUGAUCACGAUUGGAGAGUUUGGGCGCUACCAGCGUCGCACGUACAACCUAUGCUGUCUUUUUGCUUUCUUGACUGCCUUUCACCUGUUGGCUUCAGUCUUUAUCACCGGUUCGGCUGAUCACUGGUGUAAGAUUCCGGAGUGGGAUGAGGUGAAUUGCACUGAAUGGGGCUACAAUACGACAGAAGAGUGUCAAGAGCUCAAGCGAAGCAUUGGCAUACCGUCAAACAUAUCCGAGACCGGUGACGUCACGUAUGCGCAAUGUUCGCGGUACAACCUGUCUGGUAUCGACUACUUCCGUCCUGACCUUGACCUUAGUGGACGUGACGUCGUAUCAUGUGAUGCAGGAUGGGUAUAUGAUAGGAGUGUCUUUCAGUCUUCCAUUGUCAUAGAUUUUGACCUUGUGUGUGGCUCCAGUUAUCUAACGUCUGUCUCACAGUCUCUGUAUUUUCUCGGUGUACUAAUCGGGUCUCUAGUUUUUGGACACAUCUCCGACAUUUUCGGUCGCCAGAAAAGUCUCUUUUUCUCCUGUGGCUUUAUCCUAGUUACGGGAACGGCCGUUGCAUUUUCCCCGAAUGUCUGGGUAUACGCCAUCCUCUAUCUUCUGGUCGGAGCUGCGAUGUACGGCACGCUCAUCUCUUCGUUUGUCCUCGGUACUGAAAUGGUCGGUCCGUCAAAGCGUUACCUGGCCGGGAUGAUAAUAGAACUCUAUUUUUCUGUCGGAUAUAUGCUACUAGCUGCCAUUGCGUAUCUCAUCAGAAAUUGGCGCCAUCUUCAGCUAUUUAUCUCUCUCAUCUCUCUAGCUUACUUCAUGCUUUAUCCCUUCUUACCUGAGUCUGCCCGAUGGCUGAUGGCGAAGAAGAAACUCGAACCCGCCGAAAAGAUUAUUCGAAAAGCCGCUAAAGUCAACCGAGUUAAACUACCCGAUAUCUUGUUUGAAGAGCGUGAAUUCAUGAAUAAGAGCGGUGGAAACACUGGGCGACAGCCUAAUGUCUUCGAUCUAUUCCGCACUCCACGGCUCCGUCGAAAUACGCUUAACUUGAUUUUCAAUUGGAUCGUUAACACGCUUGUCUAUUACGGGUUGAGCUUGAGCACAGAUUCUCUUGGUGUCGACAUCUACCUCGCUUUCUUCGUCUCUGGAGCUGUCGAGAUCCCCGCAUACACCUCCGUGCUCUUUGGCAUCGAGUACUUUGGUCGAAGGCCCAUGAUUGUCUCCUACAUGAUAGCCGGUGGUAUUGCCUGUCUUGCCACCAUCUUCAUACCCGCCGGUCCAGGACGGGUAGCCGUUGCGAUGAUCGGGAAAUUUGGUAUCGCUGGAUCGUUCGCCAUCGCUUACUUGUAUCCUGCUGAGAUAUUCCCGACACCUAUCAGGGCGGCUGGUUUAGGGAUGUGUGCCAUGGCAUCGAGGGUGGCCGGUAUGAUCUCCCCGCUGAUUAUCCUGCUUGGGGAUUACUGGAAACCCCUCCCAUUCCUCAUCUUUGGGAUCUCCUCCAUUUUAGCAGGAAUCCUGGCCCUCUUCCUCCCCGAAACCAAGGGGAGGCGGGUGCCAGAGACCAUCGAAGAGGGGGAGAACUUUGGCAGAACUCUUCUAAAUGAACCUGGUGAUGAUGAAUACAACAUGAGUGAAAGUCCAGAGAUGACAUCACCAAGCGACUUCAAGUAUCAGAAAGCUCCCGACGUCGACACCGCCAUCGAAACCUGAACUCGGGCAGAAAAUGUUACAGAAUUGUAGUUGGCCUACUGGCGAUACACAAAUAAAAUAACAACAUCAAUCAGAAAAUGAGAUGAUAGUCUAAAUUUUAAUUCAACAAUUAAACGUUGAAAAAUAUGAAUAAUCUGAUUGUUAUUUACUAUGGGUUGAAUUAAAUAAACACUGACAUAAUAACAGACCAUUGUAUACAUU